AACUGCAGCUCCUCCCAAGGAAAAAAGUGAAAGCCAACGCCCCGCCGUCGGCUCCUCGGCCCCGGGGCCCUCCCUCCCUCCCUCCCUCCCCGCUCACACCGAGCAACACCCUCUUCGGGACUGAGCGUCAACUAGGACGUUUUUCCACGGGGAAGUUGAUUCGUCCGAGUGCAAAAGGAGCGAAAAAAGCAACUAGCUAACGGUCAACGGGAGAAGCGCGAGGCACACACGGAAUAUUUAUUUUCUCACUUUAGUUGUUUCGUCCGUUAACCCUCUAUCCGUGAAACACAGGGUUCUGUGUAAUUGACAAGUUUAGUUAACUUAGUUACAGAAUGGCGGAUACAACAGCGUCCAGCGCCGGUGGCAACUGCUUGGAGAAGCUGAAAAAUUACGUGAAGACCCCGAAGGGGUUCAUCCUCUCAGCGGAGAUACUGCUCAGUUUCAUCAUCAUCAUCUGCUACGGCGCGUCCCACACUGGCGGCUACUCCUCCGUGGCCAUCUGCGAGAUGAUCUUCGCCAUGAUCUUCUUCGGCAUCUUCAUGAUGGAGAUGGACAAGCAGUUCCUAUUGGUCAACUGGCUGUGGAGCGAUCUUUUCCGUGCUGGUAUCGGUGCGGUCCUUUAUUUGAUCGUCUCUCUGAUCAACGUGAUUGGAGGGGCCGGGGACGGCGCUCGUAUUGCUGGGGGGGUAUUUGGUUUGAUUGCUGGUCUGGUGUUCGCAUAUGACACCUACACCAUCUACUUGGAAGUCAAGAGCACCAGGCAGCACGCAGCAGCUUCCACCGAUGACAGAGUUUAAACACUCCGUGACACGUGCGCUGCUGCCAAGAACGCAGCAGAGCAACAAGAUGAAGUUGUUUAGAAGUUAACGGAAGAGUUGAUCACAAAGGACGAUGGACAGAUCACACUUUAAUCCAUGCCACUGUACGGUGAGAACAGGAGGGGUCGAUGAGGAGCACGACGUAGCACAUCUGUACCUGCACGUCGAGACACAAUAUUGUCUGCAACAAAGAAUUUCCCUCACAAACCUCAAUGUACCACUGAUUUAAAAAGGGAAAAUAGUAAAUAAUGGUCAAGCAGCUUGUCUAACACAAAUGUCUGCUGUUUAAUGGACUGUUGGUAACUGUGUCAUUUGGAAUUUAGAAGUAACUGACACUUGGAUGGGGUGGCUAAGGACUUGUUUUAACAUCGUAAAAGGUUCUUCUUGAGUGUUUUCUGUAUUUCCUGAGGGAUUCCUCCGCUUUGCAAACACUUCGUUCUCCGUUAUUUAUCAGUGCCCUUUGGAACCAUGUGUCACGGUGCCUUAGACCCUCAUUUAAAUUAACCAGUUCCUUGAUCUUCUCUUGAAGCCUAAACAUUCAGCUUGUCUUCUGUCAGUGGUCCGCAAUCUUUGGACUGUUUUGUGCUAAUUAGAGUUGAAUCUGCAUUAUUGGAGACGUUAGAUGUCCACUAACCAUCAGCAGCAAAUAUCUUAUUUUAAUUACAAUUACUGUAUCCUCUUCCAGUUUCUUUUACCUAAUUUAAUUUUGCUCAGGUGGUUUCUUUUCUUACAUAUGAAAUACAUUUUAAAGGUGCAGAUUAUAUUUACAUCAUUUUACACUGUCCGCAAAUGGGGUCCAGUUUCUUUGGUACAUGUUUUAUUUUGAUGACGUAAAGAGAAAUCACAUCAUUUGAAAUUUAGGAAGUAAACGUUCCAAUUUUGACAUGUUCUAUAACUGUUUCAUGCCAUUUGGUGAUUAUUUGUCCAAGUAAAAGGUUGCCUUAUUUUUUUUAACAUGCUUUACAAGAGUCUGUGGUGCAAUUUCAUAUUUCAAAGUAGCCUUGCUUUUGGAAAUAAAAGCCAUUGUUACUACAAAGAAA